CAAAAUGAUUUUGAUCCAGCUAUUCAAACCCCGGGAUUCAAACCUCUCCAACUAUUCAACAGCCGGCAUUCUUUCUUUUGCACUACUUCAAGGUGAAAAACGUCAUAUUUGUUGUCGGAGUCGCGUACUCAAGUAGAUUGUUUGAUGAGAUGCGAUGUAAUGUGUGAUAAAUAGGCCUAUAAUGUGAGUUUUCGGGAGCGACUUAAAAAGAUACGGACUGACCAUAUCCCGGGAACAGUAUAGACCUAUAGAGAAGUAUCCGUGGCAAUAUUGAAACGAGGAUUUAGAAACAAGGCAAACAUGGACCGAAGAUUCACUUUGCAAACGGCGAUAUCGCUUGUCCUACUUGCCAUGUCUAUCUCAGCCAGCCAGCCCCCUACACGAGUUGUAACCGGAUGGACGGCAGAGACAUAUCCAAACCCUACUGAUGCCCGGUGCGGCAACUAUAGCAGCAGCAUCUGCGAUCCUGAUGGAAUACUUGGAGGCGAAGAUGCAGUCAGCGAACUCGUCGACCUGAUUAACUUGAUCGACAUGGAGUCUUGCGCAUGCGGCCAAUGUAAUUUAUAUCAGACAGACGCUGAGGAGAGUGAAGGCUUCAAGUUUGGAAUAGCUGCGGUGGACAAGCUCAAGUCAAAAGGAAGUGGGAACAUCACAUGGGAGCAGAUUGAUCUGGAUGUAUUCGCUGUUGAUAUCCUAAGGAAGUGGCAUCUUGGUAGCUGUAGAAAUGGUCUUAUCAUAGCAGUCUCAAAUGCAACGGGACAGUACGCCACUGCCAUGGAUGAAACGACCCAACUUCGCCUGCAUCCAGAAUGUCUUGUCAAACGGGGCAUCUCUGAGGAUGAGCGCCUCAAGGCGGGACAGCUUGAAGAGGGGCUGAAGCUUAUCAUGCAAGAAUACAAGCAACUCAUAAAGGAAGGUUCGUGUGUCAUGUCUAAGACGAUCUGGGUGGUCAUGGCCUUUACUUUGGCUCCCAUAGGCAUUAUAUUCGCCGUCUUUUACCUGGCCUGCAAGUCAAGUAACUACGUCAUCAAGUCCGCCAGAGAGAAGAAGGUCAGACAGAUGAUUUCCAAGAAGCUGGCAGCGUAUGAGUCUAGUAGUAGGACGUCUAGUGAGUCCACUUCUAGCUUGGAACAACAUGGUUGCAGCACAUCAGGUCAGUAUAGGAGCAUCGGUAAGGGGAGGCAUGACGUCCCGAGUGUGUCGCAGGCUGUCACAAGGGGCGACGUGGAGCAGUGCCGCCAAGCAGAGGAGUUGGAGGAGAGGAGACGUUAUUCAGAUAUUUGGGUCAAAGCUACAGCAAAAUGAACAAUCGUGUACCAAAAACUCAUUUGAAGAGUACACAAUUCCUGGACACCACUCAUCUAAGAGUGCUUACUUAAUUUGCCUAGAGAUACUGAAAUAUACUGGGUACAUGUACUGUUCUGGAAAUACUUGCUUCUCAUUGGUUCACACUCGGACGUAUGGUCUUUUCAUCAUUCCACAUUAUCAACACUCGGAACCAGCGAGUACUUGGUAAUGCUUGCUCAUGCCGAGCAUUAUUUGUUCACUGCCGCGACCCAGUGGGAAAACGGAAACCAGACAUUUCAAGUUCCCCAAAUCCAUGAUUUACGGGAACCAGCCCAAGCUAUGCUGCGCAGUAUUUGUUACGGCUGUAUGUUAUACCAUUUGAUAUCGAUAACUCCUCUAUUGAGAAAAAAAAGGAUUUUACAUGUAACUACAUUGUAACAU